GAGCCUUCUAAACAACUUCAGGUUUCCUUUAUCUGCGAUUUUGAUACAAAAGAAAACCUAAACAGAGGGAGCCUCUAAAACCCUCCUCUUGUUGCUCCGGCCGGUGAAUGCGAUGGGAACUUCCGUUCAGGUGACCCCACUGUGUGGAGUAUACAAUGAAAACCCUUUAUCAUACCUUGUCUCCAUUGAUUCCUUCAACAUUCUUAUCGAUUGUGGCUGGAACGAUCACUUCGAUCCCUCCCUCCUUCAACCUCUCUCCAGGGUUGCUUCGACAAUAGAUGCUGUGUUGUUGUCACAUUCAGAUACACUGCAUCUUGGUGCUUUACCCUAUGCCAUGAAACAGUUUGGACUUUCUGCUCCUGUUUAUGCUACAGAACCGGUUUUCAGAUUAGGGCUUUUAACUAUGUAUGAUCACUAUCUUUCCCGCAAGCAAGUAUCCGAGUUUGAUUUGUUCACAUUGGAUGAUAUUGAUUCUGCUUUCCAAAAUAUGACGAGAUUAACCUACUCUCAGAAUUGUCAUUUAUCCGGAAAAGGGGAGGGUAUUGUGAUUGCACCUCAUGUUGCUGGUCAUCUUUUGGGCGGUACCGUUUGGAAAAUAACGAAAGAUGGAGAAGAUGUUAUAUAUGCUGUUGACUUUAAUCAUCGCAAAGAGAGGCAUUUAAAUGGAACAGUUUUGGAGUCUUUUGUUCGUCCUGCAGUUCUUAUAACAGAUGCAUAUAAUGCUUUGAGUAAUCAGCCUUCUAGACGUCAAAGAGAUCAGGAAUUUUUAGAGGCUAUAUUAAACACUCUACGAGGCAACGGGAAUGUCUUGUUGCCUGUGGAUACUGCUGGACGAGUACUGGAACUGCUUUUGAUACUCGAACAGUACUGGGAACAACAUCAUUUGACCUUUCCCAUCUUCUUUCUCACGUACGUGUCAUCAAGCACAAUUGAUUACGUCAAGAGUUUCCUUGAAUGGAUGAGUGAUUCAAUAGCAAAGUCCUUUGAGCACACUCGCGAUAACGCUUUUCUUCUAAAACAUGUUACUCUUUUGAUCAACAAGAGUGAACUAGAAAAUGCGCCAGAGGGCCCAAAGAUUGUUCUAGCUUCAAUGGCCAGUUUAGAAGUGGGAUUUUCACAUGACAUAUUUGUGGAAUGGGCUGCUGAUGUAAGAAAUCUCGUUCUUUUUACCGAAAGGGGCCAGUUUGGUACUCGUGCAAGAAUGCUUCAAUCAGAUCCACCUCCCAAAGCGGUAAAAGUUACCCUAUCGAAAAGAGUGCCGUUGGUUGGGGAGGAGUUAGCUGCAUAUGAAGAAGAGCAAGAAAAGAUUAAAAAAGAGGAGGCUUUAAAAGCCACUCUUGUCAAAGAAGAGGAAUCGAAAGCUGUGGUUGGUGCUGAUGUCAGUAAAUCCGACCCAAUGCUCAUUGAUGGCCAUGCAAAAGUCGAUGCUGGCGGGGUGCGCGGGGAAGCAUAUCGUGAUGUAUUAGUAGAUGGAUUUGUUCCACCCUCGAGUGUUGCCCCAAUGUUCCCGUUUUAUGAUAACACUUCGGAAUGGGAUGAUUUUGGUGAAGUAAUUAAUCCAGAUGAUUAUGUAAUCAAGGAUGAAGAUAUGGACAUGGGAUCUAUGCCUGUGGGUGGAGAUCUUGAUGGAAAACUCGAUGAAAACACUGCUAGUUUGAUGCUUGAUACAACCCCAUCAAAAGUUGUAUCUUCUGAACUUACCGUCCAAGUCAAAUGCUCAUUGGUUUACAUGGAUUUUGAAGGGCGGUCUGACGGUCGAUCGAUCAAAUCAAUUCUUUCUCAUGUUGCCCCUUUGAAACUUGUGCUGGUGCAUGGAUCCGCAGAGGCUACGGAACAUCUGAAGCAACACUGUCUGAAACAUGUCUGUCCUCAUGUAUAUGCUCCUCAGAUCGAAGAAACAAUUGACGUCACAUCAGAUUUGUGUGCAUAUAAGGUGCAACUCUCUGAGAAACUGAUGAGCAAUGUUCUUUUUAAGAAGCUUGGAGAUUAUGAAAUAGCAUGGAUUGAUUCUGAGAUCGAGAAAACAGAGAGUGGCACGUUGUCUUCACUUCCCCUUUCAACAACAGCUCCUCCUCACAAAUCGGUACUUGUCGGUGAUCUAAAAAUGGCGGACUUUAAGCAGUUUCUCUCCGGAAAGGGUAUUCAGGUUGAAUUUUCGGGCGGGGCCCUACGAUGUGGGGAGUAUGUGACACUGAGGAAAGUCGGCGAUGCUAGUCAAAAGGGUGGUGCUGCUGCGAUCCAACAAAUAGUUAUCGAAGGUCCGUUAUGUGAGGAGUAUUACAAGAUUAGAGAAUACCUCUAUUCACAGUUUUACUCGCUUUAAGUUAGAAUUAAGGGUUUAUGUUGUAAUUGGCUCGUGGGGCCUUGUAACAUUUUAAUGACACUGCAAACAGCAUCUUGAAGUUGAGCCUCUUUUCGGCUUCGAGCCCUGGUUGGUAAUUUACAUUGGCCAGUUGGCCCGAACUGGUCUGUUUAGCUAGACCCGUUUGCGGGUUCAACAAGAAAUGGUUUAGUAUCAUAUUAUUAUUACUUUUACAUUUUA